GGCUGCCAAUCGCCCCCGGCCUUGUCAUCUGUUCGAGCACUGCGCCGCCACCCGCCACCCUCCCCCCGUCCCAGCUCCCGCGCCAGAAAUUUCUUGCGCACGCUCAAAUCCUCCCUGAAAUCUCAACCACCGCUCGCCGGACCUGAGGGAGGCGGGGCGGCGAUGGAGCACGGGUCGGCGACGGACUCGACCGCGUCGACCUUCUCCAUCAUGGAGGAGGACCACACCCUCGCCAACUCCGCCAGAUUCGUCCUCAACCAGGACCCAAGGGUAGCAUUUUGUGGAUAUAGUAUCCCUCAUCCUGCUGACAAGAAGGUCAACAUUAGAGUUCAGACAACAGGAGAUCCAGCAAAGGAUGUAUUGAAAGAUGCUUUGCAGGAUCUGAUGGUUAUGUGCCAGCAUGUCAGAGGGACUUUUGACAACGCAGUGGCUAGCCAUAGAGCGAAGGAACCUGCAGAACAAAUGGACAUUGAUCAGAAAUAGAACAGCGAUAUUUUAAGGCUUUAUGCCGAUUUGCUUAAUCUCCAAACACUGAAGCUUUAUGGAGCUCAUUGUCAGUUUGAGAGGUGUGUAAUUGCUGUAUGCAUGGGCUUCCUUUUGUGUAACACUAAAACUCUUGCAAUUUAUUGCAUAACUACUUUCACCGAUAUUUAUCACGACUUAAAUAAUGUGUAGUAUAAGUUUCCAGAAGGGUACUGGAUACACACA